GCAGUACAGUACAUAUGUUUUAAACGGCUUUGCAUAAACGACGUAUAAGUAGUUUAUAAAGUCCAUUAUAUUUUAACACGUAGCCGUAGUUUGCAGUGAGCAACGUGAAGACAUUAUGAUUAACGGAAAAUUAUUCGUUAUUGUUUGUUGUGUUAUCUUCAUCAUUGUUACCGAAGAGGAUGAAAAAGAAUCCUUUUGUAUGGAAAUUUGCGAAAAUAAAAUGGAUUCUGUCUUUUGUCUUUUUUCCGGAUUUACAGAUGACAUUCUUGACAUCUUGUACGAUUGUGCUCUACCGUUCAUUCCUAAUAAUUCCAAUUAUUUUGCCAUCUAUUAUAUUUUCUUUUCGGGCGAUGUGGACAUAUACCCUAUCUAUGUAGACUGCGUGCUAAGCAACUUUACAGACGAACAGAUCGAUCACGUUUUAAACGUUGGACAAGACUGCUUAGUAAAAUAUAAUGUCACUCACUUCCCGUAGAAGUUCUAAAAUAUUUUUUGUAAUUUGGAAACAUUCGAAUGAAAUCUUUAUAUUUUUAUUCGCACUUAUUGCUAUAUACAAUGAAGAAUAACGUAAUUCACUUCUUUUCAAUUAAUUAAUUAAAGUUUUAAAAUGUUCUGACAGGUUAUUAGUCCUACGUAAUGUUGUUUUAAAUGUAUUAAAAUAGUUUAAUAAAUUUUAAUUAUGCAAGAAUAUUCCCAAUUGUUGACAAUCUGUCUUUUGUCUGACUGUUGUCUGUCUAUCGUUAAACUCGAAAACGUUAGAUAGAUUAAAAUCGAGAGCAGAUAUGGAAUAUACAACGAUUCUGAGAUCCCAAUUACUUGUAUACGAACUGCCGGAGCUAAU